UUUGGGAUUACGUGUUUAAUGGUGUUUCACGUUUCUACAGGAUUAAGAUAUUGGAAGGGAGGAAGUUCGCCUCAGCUUAACCUUUGCUCUUUGAUAUCAAUUCUCUUCUGAUACAAAGGUAUUGUGAUUUAAUAAUGAACUAACAUGCGUUGUUUUGUUGAAGUAUUUGAACAUUGCCAGCCUUAUAUUGAUUACUGACCUCUUCACAAAAUUGAAAGCUUUCACUCGCUAAAUUAUUGAACGUCGAAGUGUUUUUAAUCAGUGUUGUAGGUAGUUCAGUAGACAAAACCACGGCAGCUUAUUGUAGAAUGCUACCUAUAGACCACCACGUUUGAGAUAUCUUUUUCAGGAAGUUCAAACACAAACCACGGCAGCUUAUUGUAGAAUACUACCUACACUGGACCACCACGUUUGAGAUAUCUUUUUCAGUUAGUUCAGACACAAACCACGACAGCUUAUUGCAGAGUACUAUACGAAUUCUAUACAUCCAUGUAGUUAUGCAGUUCCAACGACGUGUCAUCAGGAUGUGUUCGCGGCUUGUUGACGACUUGCUACAAGGUUGUAGUUGAGCUCAACAGACUUGUUACAUGUUGUUCCAAUAAUUUGUUAUCGUCCUGCAAUUCAACAAUUUGUCAACAAGUUGCGAGUGACAACCUUGUAGCAACUUGAUAAAAUAACAACAUUGCUUGACAUGCUUGCUACAAGCCUCUGCUACAACCUAGCCUGUUGGGAACACAUCUUGACAAUUAAGUUGUGACAGUUUUACACAUGUAGUUUAGAUACAAAUCACGGCAGCUUAUUGUAGAUUACUAUAGCUUAUUGUAAAUUAAAAUGCUACUUACAUUGUUGUCUCGCAUGUUUGAGAUACCUGAAAUUGUUUGUGGGAAAUGAAAUAUGUACCGUACUUUUAUUGAGUAGAUAUUCUGGAAACAUUUCAAGCCUGUGAUACUUACCUGGUAAUUUAUACCUCUUAUAUGACGUAGGAUUUUAAUUGUAAAUUUUGUUAAUAUACCGUAUUUUCUUGUCAAUCUAGAUCGAAUCAAUUUCACUCAAGUCAUGUUAAUCAGGGCUACAGUUGUAUUCAUUUACAUUACAUUGUGCAGUGUGUUUGUUCUGUGUAAUGGUAAGUUGCAAAGUUCGUGUGUUGUAAUGUUGUGUUUAUCCUACAAGCAUAUAACUGAAAAAAGCAUAGGCCUGGACUAGGAUUUGACUGGUGGGUCAUUUUCGGCAAUUUUUUCCCAGUACAGCAGGCUCAUUUUCCCAGCAGACUUCCGAUGAAAAAUAGAAAGCUUUCACAUAACCGUGCUAGGUUAACUUAGUUCUUAGUGCUAACAUAAGAUAUCCGCUGACAAUGUGAGCCCGCACAAGUGGGAGAAAAUCCAUGCUCAUAGUCAAUAACUCACGAACAAAUUAGCGGCGGCGACAAUAUUGCCUUAUUUUUGUUUUGUAUCUUUUUAUAUUAACUGCUAGCCAAAUAUAGUAUUUAAUCAACAUAAAUACCAGUUUCGGUAUAUAAGAAUCACAAGAAUACAUUAAUAAGGAACAAACUAAUAGUGAUAGUCUACUUUAAAUGAGUUCCAAAAUUCUCGAAACAUCAACUAUAUUUUACAACUACAGUCAUAAUUGUUUCAUGCAUAGCCAUUAUACAAGGAAAGCCAGCCUAGUCCCAGGCUCUCGCGCUGAACGCUGCUUUGAUAUAUUUAAAUGAGUUUUAUGAGUUUUAUGCCGGGGUGUGCUGUGCCGAGCUGACGUCACACCUAGGUUCCAGUCUCAUACUACAUCCGCGUUUUUUCUCGCUCUUGCUUCAGAACGACUGGGACAAGGCUGAGGAAAGCGAAGAAGCCAAAGGCGGGGGGGGGGGCAGACUAACAAGCCGCAUGUUAAUCACUCAUUCACUGCAUAUUUGAUAAUUUUUGUAAUGGUAGUAUAUUCUUAGUAUAGUUUUGACAGCGAAGAACAUUUCGUGCGGGUUGAAAGCAAACAACAGCACGCGAAGAAAAAGAAACAUAAAACUGGAUAAUAAUUUACCAAGCCAGAUGAUCCGUUCCGAAAUGAUUGGUCCAUUUUCUAGGUCAGAAUAUCGCAUAAGAUAAUGUAUUUCAAGAAAAGAAGGAAUGUAGAACACGAGAACAGCCAAGACAAUCAUUAUCUGCAUCCAUGGCCAUGCCCGGUUUGUUAGAUGUGAUUGCGUUGUAAGCAUCUCAAUUCCAUCGUAGAUAUCUAGUAUCGCUGGGCAAAAUGGCAACAUACCUUGAUCCCCUAAGCCAAUCCCAUGUAGUAGUUGUAGUGGUAAAAGGAAGGUAAAUAUCAUAUUUGAAAUUCUGAACGCGGAACAGGUUCGUGCCGAUUUAUCGAUAGGUUCAAUCGCAGCUAAGAUUCGUUGAAAUAUUGCAUCGAAAACUAUCCACGUGGACAGGAAAAGCAAUAGCCAAGAAUCCGGUUUUUUAGUUUCGCUACGCAAGACUUCUUUUGUCACAAUGAUCUUGUAAAUAACUAAGAGAAUAGUUAGAACUACCAUAAAUAAAUCAACUAAUAAAACGAACACUAAAAUCAUCAUGAGUAAUAUGAACUGGCUGAUACAACCAAUAAGGUAGAUCAAGAUAAUGAAGCUUGGUGCUUGAUAAAAUAUAAAACCAAUCCAACUGAGUUUUCCUGACAUUCUCGCGUUUAUUCAUUUAGUUUAGCUUUAUUGCAUGUAGACUAACUUGCACAAUGGUCGGUUGCUAUGCAAAAUGCUCCCGGAGUCACAUUACGAAAGAAUGUUAGUUCCCAGUCUCGAAGCUGUCAAAAUUUGCGCGGAAAAAGUGCAACAGUUUUGACCCCUCCGUCAAUCUGUAAAUAUUUUCAGUAAAUUUUUCAUUUAGCUGAGUAUAUUUAUCAUUAUAUUUAUAUCAUUAUAUAUCAUUUAUAUCAGUAUAUAUAUAAUUAUACUAUAUAAACAGUAUACUUAUCAUUUUAAAGGCACUACUGGUCAGCUUAGAUAUAAGUUCAUUAGAAAUUCGAAAUUAGUCAAAUGUCGUCAUGUUUUUCUGUCUUUCGGUCGAAGAGACUCGCGCCUCAAUGAGCAAACUGCCCUGACAGACUAGGGGUCCCACAUGGCCACAUUUAAUAGCUAGAUUGCUUAUUUACUGCGGCUAAAUGCCGAUCGUGUGUCCUACACAAGGGGUGUUGCCAUAAAUGUAACUAAAAAAGAUUGAGGUAUAUCUUAAAUAGAAAUUGCUUUUGUUAAAGCUCAGAUAAGAGAGUAGUUUUGUCGCGAAAGACAACAUGCAAUGUUAAUCUGAUGAUAGACGACAGUAUCGGAAGUUCAAAGUUCAUGCAGUCUUCAUGGAAAAACCUUCUCAAAAAGCGAUCCUAGUUAUAGCCAGAUGAUAUUUAAACGUUUGCGCAAAGACGUGAAAUGUAUUCAAUAUAUCAUUUUUAUUUUGCGGUUCUAACAUUUAUUUUUUGUUUACUACAAAUUAGGCACAACAGCGGAACAGCCACAACUUCUAUUUAAAUAUACCCAACAUAUCAACUAUCAACUAUCCAGCAAUUAUUAAAAGCAACAAAGUCCUGCCUAUAUAUUGUAUCAAUUGUUAUAUUAGUAAUCUAGUAGACUUGUCUCUGUUUUCACUCUGCAAUAUUAAUAGAUUAGAUUGCAGGCAAGGCUGCGUAUCGAGGGAUUUGCUUCACUAUUGCAAUUAUAUGCGAGCUUUAUUGCUAUUUGGGAAACCGACAAUCGCAUCGUCUGCAAUAUUCUAGUAAGGCCAGAGCUAAUGACGUAGCUUUUUCCUAUUGGCGUUAGCCAGGGGGGGGGGGCAAACGGGGCAACUACAUUAUUAAUUUGUUCCAUUGUGUGAUAUUAUACACAUAGUUAUAAUUUCAGUCGAAUUGGCCAAAGAUUGGACUCCGAUCUCUUUUUAUUAUUUUUCGUGGAACAGCUUGUAGUGAGGCUGACAUAGACUUGGCUAGUCAAUUUUUUCCCAAAUGUCAAAAUUGAUGAUUUAAUAAGCAGGAAUUUGGGAAUUGCUACUGAAUCUGCGAGUUAAGAAAGGCUUAAAAUAAAAAAAUAAGUUUAAUACUCACAUGCAUAUAUAGCGAAAACAGGGGAUGGGGGGAAAUUUGUACAUGCGCGCGUUCUGUAAUUUGUUCGUUCCUUUUCUUCAAGAUAACGACAUUCAAAUAAAAUUGUUAAAAUCGCUCUAUUUAAAUAUCGAAGAUUUUAAAAUUGUAAAAAAAUACACAACACAUUUAUAUAUUCUGAGAGGCAGAAUUUCUGAGCCGAAUUUGGGCAUUGAUACCAGUGUUUUUCACUCUCGCUCAGAAAACGUCGGUAAUUUUUUUUACUAGCACGAUAUAUGACUAUAUGAGCUAAUUGUACCCGCAAUUUCCCAAACCAAGCACGAAAGGGCAUGUGCGUUUAAUAUCAUGAAAAUUAUUGGGAGGGGGCUUGUAGUAACACAGAACGACAGGGCCUAUUUUAGUGUGCAAUAUUGCACAGUUUGUGCAGUAUUAAAUAAAAGUGUGCAGUAUUGAAUGCGAAAGUGUGCAGUAUUGAAAUUUGAAAUAAAUUUCAAUGUGCUGAAGGAGCGAAAUGGAUGAAAUAUAAAGUCGAGAAUUCCAAAAUGCCUUUGCAACAAAAUAGGCAAGGCACAAACAAAGAUUGGCCAAAUAUAUGCCAAGUUCCAGUAAUAAUAGGCAAUUCCAGCUUUUAGUUUAUGCGUGCAGGGGACGAUGGGAAGUAAGGUAUCACAUAGCCAUAGAUAUAGUUAUAUAUCUAUGACAUAGCUUAUUAUGCUGAAAAAAUAAAAAUGGUGACCGUGUAAACCCGGAGUGAUAGCUUAUACUUGUAAAUAUUGAAAUAUUUCGGUUAUUUCGGUAGUUUUUAUUGAAAAUUUUCAGCAAAUCAGCACUAUGAUACCUUACUUCCCAUCAUUCCCUGCAGGCAUAAACUAAAAGCUGGAAUAGCCUAUUCCAAUAUUCAAUAUUUUCACGUCCAGAAAAGCCAGUGUACUUCUUUCCUCCACAAGAGGGAAGAGCCAGGGAAUAAGGUUGUCAUUUGUGUCGCAUCCGCGAAUUACUACAAUAGGUUAUGGCUGAUUUGAAUUUGAAAGGUUUACUUUUUCCGAGACACCCAGCUGUAUGUUGUCAUUAUGUUCUAUAUAAAAACAUAACAAUUCAAAGAUGACGUCACAGAGUGACGUUGACACCUGCUCAGAAGUGUGCAGUAUUGAAAUUUCCUUAGAAUAGGCCCUGCAGGACGACUUGUUAGAGUCAACAUGCUUUAACAAAACUAAUUGAAUAUUUAUUCGGCUUUGCCUUAAUUUAUUGAUCAUCUCUUCACAGAAAACAUUGGACCUUCAAUAAUAGCUAACCCAGAAGACACCAUAGCUAUUCCAGGAUCCAAUGUCUCGCUGUUUUGCAUAACUAAUGGUUAUCCAAAACCCACGGUGAUUUGGGAGAAAGAUGGCGUCACUCUCAAAGGAAGCCACUUUCAAAUCUCGUCGAAUGGGGCGAUCCAUAUCAUUUUUGCGAACGAAAUUCGAGAUAAGGGAACAUAUCGUUGCAGAUCAAGUAACAUCGUUGGCACUAUUGUCAGCCUUCCAGCGAAACUUGGCUUUCCUUGUAAGUAUAUGGAAAACUACAUCUUAGGGACCGGUCGUUAUUUCUGGCGGGGGGGUGGCACCGAAGAGAUGUGUUUCUCUUCGUAAAAAGUUUGCUGACCAAACCAUUAAAAACACUAAAAAAAUUUUCUUCAAACUCAGAUAUCAAAUAAAAAAUAAAUACCCACCCCUGACCGAAAACCUUACAAAAGAAUACCAUUCAGUUGUUACACAUGUCCUUUACAACUUCUGUGACACGAGUUUGAUAACUGUUUGUGCAAUUUUCUGCAGUCUAAAGUUUCAUGUUGUCUGCACAUGUACUUUCUUUGGAGACACCAUUUGUUUAGUGAAGUCGCAAGCAUGCGCAAGAUGCGUGUACGACACAAAGUAAAAAUUCCCACUUAAUUUCUCUGUAGUCUUGGACCCCUUCACGGAACCGUUUUCAAACAUGGAAGCCAAGAACGGCGAAGCUUUGGCCAUGAAAUGCAAAAUCCCAGCCAGCAAGCCCUUGAAACUCCGAAGCGUAAGGUGGGCAAAGAAGGAUUUCCACUACGCUGAGCUAUUCCCUCCCCUGGAGAAGGCACCACACUAUACUGUUGGAAAUAAUGGUGAUCUGUAUUUCUCGUAUGUAACCAGCGCUGAUACUGGUAGCUAUGUCUGUGUAGUUGGAAAUACCAUUCUGGGCAAGAGCGAGAAACGAACCGUGAAGCUUAAAGUUGGCUUGUCUCAAGGUAAGGAAAUCAACAAAACUUUAAGUUACAAACUCGAGCCGAAGGCGAGAGGUUGUAUGUCUGAUACAACACGGAGGCAAAUGCUUUAUACUCAGAUGAUCUUGAUACGCGGAAAAGUACUGGCACUAGUUGUCAAAUAGAAAUCCAUUUUAUGAUUAAAACAACUGAAUAUCUCCUGUAAUAUACUUUAUUUCGAUUCCAUAUUUUUGUCAGAGCUAUAGUUCUCAUAACUAAACAUAAUUACAAAAUUUCAACUAGUUUCAUAAAGAAUAACGAAAGAUAUAAUUGACUGAAUACAUCAAAAUGGAUUUCUAUUCGGACAACCCUUUCUGAGCGCUGAUUGGCUAAAAUACGAACACGAGAUCACCUGGACUAUAUAGCUUGUGAAACGUAAUUGUAUUCUUCAAAUAAAUUUGAAAUUUUGAAAUUUUAUCGGACUUGUUGGAACAAUCUUGCAACAAGCCUGAUAAUAUUAACAAGAUUGUUACAAGUUGUUAACAGACUUGUUGAAAACUUGGAACCGGCAAACGGUGCGAAUACAACUUGUUGACGGCUUCUUGGCAGAAUUGCUACAAGAUCUGAGAUUUUUACGCGUGUGCACACUGCUUGUCCCAAGUUGUCAACUUGUUAACAGUUGUAACAAUCUUUUUGGUACAAUCAGACUUGUUGCAAGGUUGUUCCAACAAGUCCGAAACAGUCAAUAUUUAACAAUAUUGUUACAGCCUUUUCUCGUCAACCUUGUAACAAUAUUCUUGUUAUAUCAUAUGACCGCAUGUAUCAGACUUGUUAGAACGACCUUGUAAUAAGUCUGAUAAUGCCAUCAAGCUUGUUAAGGCUAGUUCCACUCAGAAAAAUUUUCCGCAGAGAGAAAAUGUUGUAAAAUGUAAUUGGCCGACACGAAUUUUCCGUCAGAAAAAAAUUUUGAAGUUGAAAAUUUUCAACUUUUUAACAAUGAUAUUUUCGACUCAAAAUUUUGUGUCCAUGGAAAUUUUUCUUGAGUGAAAAUGGGCCUUUACAAGUUAAUUGUUAGGAGGCUCGCUAAGGACGUCCCUAAUCUUCGACCAUUGUUUAUUAAAGAUCACUGUAUGUCCCCAGUUUUAUCAGCAAAGGUUCUUGGUCUGUACUUUUCUUCUGAUCUUAGUUGGAACUUACAUGUUGAACACAUAGUACACAAGGCAUCAAAGAGACUUUUUUUUCUCCGAGUGCUUAAACGCAGCGGUCUUGGAGGGAAUUCUCUAAUUCAAGUCUAUACCACAUGUAUACGACCUGUGCUUGAAUAUGCAUGCUAGGUUUGGAACUUAAACUCCCCUGACUAUUUAAAGGAAGAAAUCGAAAGAAUUCAGAAACGAGCCCUACGAAUAAUAUGUCCUGACCUGUCAUACCGCAAAGCCUUGGAAGUUCAUGAAAUAUCGUUGCUCUCUCAAAGACGAAAUAAUUUAUGUAAAUCCUAUUUUAAGAAACUUCUCAACCCGGAAAAUAAAUUGAAUGAACUUAUCCCUAAUAAACGCGAGGACUUACGUACUUACAAUCUACGCAACGAUCAGCAUAUUAACUUAAUUAAUUGUAAGACUACAAGAUUUAGUAAAAGUUUUAUUCCUUCUAGUAUCGUAUCAUAUAAUGAUUCAUUUUAAUUGUAAUAUAAAUUUUAGUUUUAAUAUACCGUAUAUUACCAUAUGUAUUAGUUUUACCAUGUAUUUUAAAUGUCAACUCUGUACAAUUCAGCUCUUAGCUGCCAUUCAGAUUUUUUUGUAAUAAAUUCAAUUCAAUUCAAUAUGACAUGCAUGUGUAGAGGAGACCACAGAUCGCAGAGGAAUACCAGAACCUUCAACCAGUUUAAGAUGGCUAACAUUCAAAAACAUGCUCUACAUGAUUUUCUUGCUUUUCUCAGAAACUAAAUAUGAAGUAAAAGCUCCUGGUGUUUUCAGUGAAUUUCGUGAACCAAAAUAUGCCGUGAGAGGAAAAACGUUUGUUCUGGAAUGUAUUGGAUACGGAAGGUAAGGUGAAUCUGUGUUUUGAUGAUUUAUUCCAUGCAUUAAGCUGUUUAUGUAUCUAUUUGCUACAGCCUACAGAAUUACAGUAAACCUAAUUGUAUUGGCUUUUAUUUGAACUGUGUAAUUCUAUCAAUUUUUAACACUAGAGUAAUAAAAGAUGAUAUUUUCUGGACCUCUAGGGAGAAGAGUUUAGAACUGAUAGAGCUAUCCAGUAUAAAUAAAAGUUAGUUUAGUUUACGUUUCCUCCUGUAGUAACAUUGAAUCAAUAAGAGAUAAUCCUUACUGGACCUCUAGAAAGAACAGUUUAGAACUGAUAGAACAAUCCAGUAAAAAUAAAGUUAGCUAGUUUAGAUAUUGGUUUUUUCCUGUAGAAAUACAGGAAGAACAGUUUAGAACUGAUAGAACUUAGAUUCGUUUAGGUUGCCUCCUGUAGUAAGUUUUCUCCUGGAUCAUAUAUAAGCAUGGUCAUGAGCAUAAUUGAUUUUGGUAUAUAUAUGAGCAUGCUCAUGAGCAUACUGGAUUUUGGUACAUAUAUAUGAGCGUGCUCACUGUGUGUCACCAAACUUUCGCUGACUUUAUUCAACAGGCCAGUACCUCAUAUCUCACUCAAGAAAUCGGGAAGCACAGUUGAACUUGGGAAAGCAUCGACAAACAAGAGAAGCUACGUCAUACGUGAAUUCAGCGAGAAGGAUGCCGGCACGUAUAUCUGCAGGACCUCGAAUGACUAUGGAGACUCGACUGAAGUCACAACCUCCGUGACUAUGCUUGGUGAGUAUGACUGAAAACCGUAACCAUCUGGUAGGAACUCUAUGUACACGCGUAAAAUUCUCAAGAUGUGUUUGCACUAUUUGUUCCCAGUUAUUGACAAGUUUGUAACAAGUUGUUAUUAGAGAGUUUAAGCUUCGCGUUAUACAGUACGUCAAACGCCAGGCAAAGAAAAUCAUCAGAUUUGUUACAAGGUUGUUCUAACAAUUCUGACACAGUUAAGAUACAACAAGAAUGUUACAAGGUUGACGGCACAAUCUAGGUUGUAACAAUAUUGUUAUAUCAUGGCUGUAUCGGACUUGUCGGAACAACCUUGCUAUACAAGUCUGAUAGAGUCACGAUAAAACAAGAAUGUUACAAGGUUGAUGGCACAAGGUUGUAACAAUAUUGUUAUAUCAUGAAUGUAUCAGACUUGCUUAAACAACCUUGCUACAAGUCUGAUAAUGCCAUCAAGUUUGUUACAAAUUGUUAACAGCUUGUUCGAAACUUUUGGACAACUUGGGACAAGCAGUGCGAACACAACUUGUUGACGUCUUAUUGGCAGACACACUUCCUACAAGAUGUGAGAUUUUCGCAUGUGUAAUAUUGAUAUUAUCUCGGUCUAAUUUAACAGUUGAAGCGCAAUGGACUAGCCGUCCUAAAGACGCCUCAGUGGACGUGAACACAAGCUUGACGUGGAAAUGUCGCGCAGAAGGUGUCCCUCCUAUUAAAUACACCUGGUUGCAUAAUGGCAUGAAGAUGAAAAAGUCAGCGCUAGCUGAUUCUGACUACAUUAUAAAUGAAGGAACGUUGAGCUUUCCCAGGCUCCAAGUCAGUCAAAAAGGCAUGUACCAAUGUCAUGCUUCGAAUAGUGUCAAGGAGCUGAUCACGGCUGCUGAACUUGAUGUGAAAGGUAUGUGUGGAAUAGUAUUUCGGGAGCGUUAACGCCUGUCUGCUGCAAUUUUCUUUCCUGAUGUUUGUGUAUGUAAAGGGAUGAGUAAGAAAUAUUUAGAUGAGGGUAUACUGUACAUAUACUCGGAGCAUUCAUAUCUUAUCUUAGGCCCAUUUCCACUGAAGAAAAAUUUCCACUAACAAAAAUUUUUCCGAAAAUAUCAUUGUUAAAGUUUUUUUCCGAGGGAAAAUUUGUGCCGGCCAAUCACAUUACACAAUUUUCUUUCCCCGAAAAAUUUUGAGGACUGGACAAAAUGCUAAAACUUGAAAUCUAGUUCAGUUCUCAUAGUUGGAUUUGAAAUAUUACAUCUAAUACGAAUAAAUCGCUACUUAAUUAAUUUUGAUCCAGUCCAAGAAUUCUUACUGGACCUCUGGGCAGAAGAACUGAUAGAGCUAUCCAGUAUAAAUGAAGUUAGUUUAGUUCAGGUUUCCUUAGUAAUACUGGAUCAAUAAGAGAUCAUCGUUACUGGAUCUCUAGGGAGAACAGCUUAGAACUGAGCUAUCCAGUUUUAAUAAAGUUACUCAUUUAGUUUAGGUUUUUUCCCUGUGGUAACACUGGAUCAAUAAGAGAUGGUCCUUACUGGACCUCUGGGAAGACCUGAAACUGAUAGAGCUAUCCAGUAUAAAUAUAGUUAGUUUAGGUUUCUUCCUGGCUGUAGUAACACUGGAUCAAUAAGAGAUGAUCCUUACUGGACCUCUGAGAAGAUCCUUAUACUCAACUUCUAUAGAAAGAACAAUUUAGAACUGAUAGAACUAUCCACUGGAAAUGAAUUUAAUUUAAAAUUAGGUUUCCUUCUGUGGUUAACACUGGACAAAUAAGGGACGAGCCCCUACAAAUAGAAGCUUAGAACUGAUGGAGCUAUCCAAUAUGCAUAAAGUUAGCACGAGUGUUAUAAAGGGACACAUUAUUACAAAAUCGCAGGGCUAAAUUAUUAACAAAUUUUGAACUAGUUCUAAAACGUUCUUCUACAGCCGCACCGCCAAGUUUCGACAAAGGAAGCAUUGAACCGGACGAAAUUACGAACGCAGUGAACAGUGGAACAGCCGUGAUUUCCUGCCAGCCUAUUGGCUCCCCAAAGCCGGAAGUCACGUGGUAUAAAGGAUCUACCCUCCUCGGCAAAUCAGGUGAUAAGUACAGUGUGAGUGAUGAUGGUACCCUGCGAAUAUCUAAAGUUCGAAAGAGUGACAGGGGAAUUUAUACCUGUUUCGGUCGGAACUCAUUUGGAUUUGUCAAGAAAGAAAGUUACCUCAUAGUUAAAGGUAAUGUUUUGUAAUGAAUCAAACAUUUCAAUCCAACUGUACCCGUAGAAUCACACAAGUUGUAAGACUUGUAACAAACCUAAAGCAUACUGUACCUAUAGAUGUAUCGAUGCUGUUCCAACAACUUGUCUACAGGAUGUCGGUUCUCACUGCUUGUUCCUCACAGCUGCUUGACAAGUUGUCAACGGCUCGUUGAUGACUUGCUAGAAUGUUGUUGAGCUCAACAGACUUUUGGUACAAGUUGUUCCAACGACUUGUUAUCGUCUUGCAAUUCAACAAUCUGUCAACAAUUGUAACAGUAUAAGGAAUGUCCCUUACGGAACCUCUAGGGAGAACAGUUUACUGAUAGAGUUAUACAGCAUAAAUAUAACUUGUUUAUCGUAGGUUUCUUCCUGUGGUAACAGUGGAUCAAUAAAAGAUUAUCCUUACUGGACCUCUGGGGAGAACAGUUCAGAACUGAUAGACCUAUCCAGUAUAAAUAAAGUUAGUUUAGUUUGGAUUUCCUCCUGUAGUACACUGGAUCAAUAAGAGAUGAUACUUACUGCACAUAGAGGUCCGGAGAACAGUUUAAAACUAAUAAAGCUAUCCAGUACAAAUACAGUUAGUUUUAGAGUUUUUUCCUGUGGUAACAUUGGAACGGCGAGGAAUGGCUCUUGCAACUUACUGGACCUUUAGGGAGAAAAGCUUAGUGCUGAUUGAUUUCUUACGCAGAAAUAGAGUAAGUUAGUUCAUUGAACAGUUUGUGCCAGUGUAGGUAUUGUCGAUUGAUAGGCUUCGGAUUGAUAGAGAUACAAUUACCUGAAGAAUUCAAGGAGAACUUCGAUCAGGUAGUAGCAUUCCUAUCUUAAUACAAUAAUUUAUUUGAAUAAAUUUGUUCUGGACGCCGUCAUCACUUUGCCGUUCUACAUCUUAAGGUCUCUUUUUUCUCUUUUCAGACGGCAUCAUAAUUCUAAACUUCCCACGAACAGUUGAUGCAAUUGUCGGUCGAAAUCUCAGUUUAACUUGCGAGGUCCAAACAGAAACAGAGUCCGUCGUCUCCUUCGUAUGGACGCAAAAUCUCAGACCGUUUACCGAACGAAAUAUUGUCGUCACGAACGAGGCGAGAAGGAGCGUGUUGUUUAUUAAAGAGCUGACGUUGAAGAACUCUGCCGUGUACGGUUGUAAAGCUAUCGCAGAUAGUUUAACUGGCGCUGGUAGAAGUUCUGAUAUGACAGAUAUUAGAAUUAAAGUGAAAGGUAAAAGUUUAUAAAUAAACUGAAAUAUAUCAGAAUUUGUUACUGACUAACAGUCCAGUAUGUUCUUGUAAAGGAACAAUUUACGUCUUAUUGCUACCUUUGGGAAACAUGGCUAGGAAACAAUGUUUCCUGGUUUGUACACCUUCGGGAAACAUGGCAAGGAAACAAUGUUUUCCGGUUUGUCCACCUUCGAGAAACAUGGCUAGGAAACAAUGUUUCAUGGUGUGUCCACCUUUGGGAAACAUGACUAGGAAACAAUGUUUCCAGAUUUGUACACCUUCGGGAAACAUGACUAGGAAACAAUGUUUCAUGGUUUGUCCACCUUUGAGAAACAUGACUAGGAAACAAUGUUUCCAGAUUUGUACACCUUCGGGAAACAUGGCAAGGAAACAAUGUUUUCCGGUUUGUCCACCUGUGUUUCAAAGCUUGCCAAAACUUUGGGAAACAUUGGGAAACAAUAUUUUCCGAAAAUCUUUCUUGAAAACAUCAAUGCAUGAAGCGAAAAGUAAUUACCACAAACAAUCGCUAUGGUCAAAGACUUUGCCUCGAAGCGUGGCAUAUAAAUAUGAGUAAUCAUGCUUUGAAUAAGGAUGACGGUGCCUAUUUGCCAGAGGAAUAUAUGCAUCUCAUUGGAAGGUGACGUCAUCCCUUGGGUAUUUAAGAAGCCACGAUUGCAUCUUUAGAUCACCCCUGAUGAAGACACUAGACUAGAGUGUCGAAACGUUGGGUCUUGAUUGCAAUUCGACUGGGCUUUGUAAUCAUUUAUUUAAACCAGAGUAGCGAGCGAAACAUGAAACAACUUCUUGUUCUCUCGUUCCAGGACCACCAAAUGCGCCGAUCUCGAUCACCGUGAGUGCCGUGAAGAAAUAUCACGUGAAUAUCACGUGGACAACGUCUGCCUACCAAGCAAAUAACAACAGUCCAGUUAACAAAGUUAUCGUCGAAUACAAAACAUUGUAUGAAACUGGUGUUUGGUAUACUUCACGGGAUGUCGUGCAAAAGGGCGAAAAUAGAGCUGAGGUCAAGAUAUCUCCUUGGGCUUUCUAUACAUUUCGAGUAAUACUUGUGAAUGCUAUUGGGCAAAGUAAACCUAGUCCAGAAAGCAGAUUGAUCCAGAGUCCUGCUGCAGGUCAGUGGGUUAUUUUUUGGGAUAAUUUAAGGUGGCUCCCCAGUGCUUAGUGUCUUAUACCAUGGCAAAUUAAUCUAGCUUCUACAAUCCAAAUUACUAUACAUUUAGUAUGUAUUCUCUUUCCUGAUUGGUCAGAGAGCAUUGGAUAAUUCUCAAUAUUCGAUACUUAUCACGUAAUUUCAGCUGCUGACGUGCUCAGCGUCCAAUAACAGUUUUUUGGAUCAAACUUGCAGCCCAAAAAAAUAUUGGCACUCUCGUGCCCAAGCCCCGGCGCGUCCAACAACUCAAACCCAAAAAGCGCGCGAAAAUAAAAUAAAUAUACUUGAAACAUUAAAAUUAAUAAACUUUGUUUAAUUGUUUUAUACGUUUCUGAUGUUUUCAAUGUAUAAUUAUUCAAUUAUUGGAUUUGGCAUUCGCAUUACAUCAGUCAAGAUUUAUUCAGACCUCGGUCAAUGUUAUCCGCCUCAGCUUCGCUUCGGCAGAUAACAUUGACCUCGGUCUGAAUAAUUCUUGAUGUCAUGCUCAGCCUCAUCCAAUAAUUGUUUAAUAAUUGCAUAUAAUUUUAAUCAAAUUUUAGUGAAAGUAAUAUAGCCUCGCUAAUCCACUAUGAAAUCUGUGAAUAUUGUCAGUCUGUUUCAGGAAUCAUUUCAAGCAUUACACGGUGAAAUAUGCGUCACAAAUUUCAAUUCAAUCAUCGAUAGUUUUUGAGACCCCAAUUUCUUAACUAGGCAUGCGAGCGUUGUUCGUGCAAGGUGCAUUAUUUAAAAGGAAAAUUAACAAAACACUUUUACACAUUUACAUAUAAAUUUCUACACAAAGUCCCUACAGUGAGAUUUUUCUGGUGCCAAUCUGCAGGUACUGGUUAAUUAAAAAGGAUUAAACUUUACACUAAGCUUCGUCUCUACAAGCUAAACAUUUUUAUUGCUUUUAAUAGUGCCUGACAAAGCUCCAUCAAAUAUCACAGGACAGGGACCAAGCCCAACAGAGCUGACGAUAUCUUGGCAGGUAAAACUGGAAGAGCUAUUCCGUGUGAAUAAAUUAGUUUCGUUUAGGUUUCCUUCUUUAGUAACACUGGAUCAAUAAGAGAUGAUCCUUCCGGGACCUCUAGAAAGAACAGUCAAGAAGUGGUAGAGUUGUCCAGUAUAAAUAAAGUUAGUUUAGUUUAGGUUUCCUUCUGUAGUAACAUUGGAUCAAUAAGAGAUGAUCCUUACUGGACCUCUAUGGGGAACAGUUUAGAAGUGAUAAAGCUAUCCAGUAUAAAUAAAGUUAGUUUAGUUUAGGUUUCCUUCUGUAGUAACACAAGAUCAAUAAGAGAUGAUUCUUACUGGACCUCUAGGAAGAACAGUUUAGAACUGAUAGUGCCAUCCAGUAUAAAUAAAGUUAGUUUAGUUUACGUUUCCUCCUGUAGUAACACAGGAUCUAUAAGAGAUAACUCUUACUGGACCUCUAGGGAGAACAGUUUAGACGUGAUAGAGCUAUCCAGUAUAAAUAAAGUUAGUUUAGUUUAGGUUUCCUCCUGUAGUAACACAGGAUCAAUACGAGAUGACCCUUACUGGACCUCUAUGGAGAACAGUUUAGAACUGAUAGUGGUAGAGCUAUCCAUUAUAAAUAAAGUUAGCAUAGUUAAUGUUCUCUCCUGCAAGAACACUGGUUAGCAAGAGAUGACCUAACUAGAACGGCUAGAGAAAAUGCCCGAAAAACUAGUUUCAUGUUUCUUUAUUAUCGAACUAAAAUAUAAAUUGCGAAUAUUUAUUUCAGCCUCUGAAACCAAUCGAACAAAAUGGACCCAGUUUACAUUAUGCUGUCUUCUUUCGCCGGGUGAAAGACCCAUCCCCUAUGACCCGCAUUCAGGUGGAUGCGGAGACCUCAAAGAAUAAACUAGAGUACACGGUGGCCGACACAGAAUUUUACGAGCAAUUCGAGUUUCAAGUGCAGGCCAUCAACGCACUCGGUCCAGGCCCCAAAAGUGCGGUCGUCUAUGGAUACUCUGGAGAAAAAUGUAAGUCUGGUAAAAUAGAAUAAUCUUCAAUUUAUAAUACUUCUAACAUAGCGAAUCGAGACACAAACCGUGGCUAUAAGGUAUUUCAUGCUUGGGAAAGGAAUUUCUUGCUUAGGGAUGUAAAGGCGCCGUCACACUAUUGCGUAUGAGAGAAACUUAAUGAAAUAAUUUUCAUACGCACAAAAAUCCUUUGAAAUGCCAGCGUAUGAGUACCGUACAUCUGGCGUACCUCUAGCGUAUUCAGCGUCUGCCUAGAGUAUGCUUAUCGUAUAAACCAUACGUCCGAUACGCACAAAAUUUUGAACAUGUUUAAAAUUUUCUGCCUCGCUGUAUGCCAGCGUAUGCCACCGUGCUUGAAACGUAUACAACCUAUGCCUAACGUACCCCUAGCGUAUACCAGCGUAUACCGGCGUAUGAGUGAUAUUUUUCAUACGCUGGCAUACGUUAUUACGAUACGCAAUAGUGUGGCAUGGUCUUAAUGUAUGACGUGGACAAUUAGAAAGUAUUUUUAAAGUGCCUAUGUCGUGAUUUGGGAUUUUACAUUGUUAGAAUAACCUUGUAACAAGUCUGAUAAUGCCAUCAAGCUUGUUACAAGUUGUUAACAGCUUGUUUCAAACUUGUUACAACAAACUGGGAACAAGCAGUGAGAACACAACUUGUCGACAGCUUGCGAACAGACUUGUAACAACUUGUUUGCAGACCUGUAACACCUUGUCUGUUUUUACGUGUGUAGUUUUAAAAUUAGUCCAUAAUGGGAUUUGUCUAUUGUUUUCGUAAUUAUUCGUUAGCUCCAGUUGGUGAACCGCAAGACCUGCGUGUCCAAAUUCUUAACAGUCGCUCAGCCAGGGCAACGUGGACUGGCAUCACGAAAGAUCGACGGGCAAGCCGUGGAAAAUUGCUAGGAUAUAAGGUAACUGAAGUGACGAUUCUUACUGGACCUCUAGGGAGAAAAGUUUGGAACUGAUGGAGAUGUCCAAUAUAAAUAAUGUUAGUUCAGUUUAGGUUUCCUCCUAUAGUAACACUGGAUCAAUAAGAGAUGAUCCUUACUGGACCUCUAGGAAGAACAGUUUAGAACUGAUAGAGCUAUCCAGUAUAAAUAAAGUUAGUUUAGUUUAGGUUUCCUCCUGUAGUAACACUGGAUCAAUAAUAAGAAGAGAUGAUUCUUACUGAACCUCUAGGAAAAGCAGUUCAGAACCGAUACAGUUAUCCAGUAUAAACAAAAUGAGUUGAACAUUCGUGUUAUAUUUCCAGGUGUACUUUUGGUCAACCCAGCAUGGUAUGCGUCCAACAGACGCUCAUUAUGAACCAACGGACGAGACAGUCACCAUGUUAGGUCUCGAUUCAUUCACGACGUAUUUCUUCCAAGUUGUUGCCUACAACAGCAAGGGUGACGGUCCGGGAAGUAAUGUGGUUGGGCCACUCUCAACUCCCGAGUCAGGUAGGAUUAGUAAUUGGGGGGGGGGGGGCAACUGCUCACCCCUCCAGUAAUUUUUGAAAACCUUUUCAACGAUAGCCGAAUAACUGUGUCACAAAGCUGUUAGUAACAAGUGUUCAAAACCUAAAAUCGUUUUGACAUUGCUCUCAGAAUUACUUUGUGUUAGUAUUUUGUACACAGUUAGCAAACUUUUUAAAUGUAUAUGGCGGUUGAGAAACACAAAUUAAUAGUAAACUAUUGCCAAUUUUAAUACGACUAUCAGUGUUAUCAUUGAUGCUGCAAAGUUGACGCGUAUUUAUACAGCAAUAUAAGCAAAUCUUUCUGAACUUCAGACAUCAUUCUCUCUUUGGCCUACCAUCUAAAUUAAUCUCUUCAUUUUAGCAUAAUCUUACAGAUAAAGCACUAAACAUACGUUUUAAGUUUGUUUGCCGCUUGAGAAACAUCAAAAAUCUAAAAAUUUGAAUAUAGUCAUAACAACUGAAAAGUGUAUUAAUUAGUUUUGAGCGCGUGUUACGUAACAUACAAAAGAUUCUCUUUUUAAAUUAUUUAAUAUUUACCACAGCUACCAUUUUCAACUUAUUAACCUUUAAAGAAUUAGUGUCAGGGUCAUGCAUUGCGGGCUUUUGUUAUUGUUUACAUUUUACUCAAAUACAACGAAUAGCGAUAAUAAUACAUUGUUUGUUACAUUUCUGAUAAAAAUCAGACAAAAAGAGCAAGGAUUAUAAAAGGAUUGUUUAAAUAUAUGACGGAUUGUAAACACUUUCCAGAUCAUCUAAUCUAUUCGUCCCGAAAAAUGGCCGCCAGCAGGAGUUUGAGCCCGCGAAUUCCUGGUGUGACACUAAUCCUUUAACAAAUAAACAUAUUCUUCUAGUUCCCGAGGCACCGUACAGCCUAGAUAUCCACGUGAACAAACCGGAAGUGACGUUGACGUGGAAACCUCCACUGAAAACGAAUGGCAUCAUGGUCGGUUACCAAGUGACCGUGCGGAAACUUCCGGUCGGACAAAUUAACAUAAUUGACGUCGGCGAGCAGAGGCUGGAACAGGAAUUUGAGGCUUUGGAUUUGGAGGGAAGAUAUCAAUUUGCGCUUCUUGCUCGGAACAGGGUGGGCUUCGGCCCACCGCUCGUUGUGAAUAUUGAUUUGAAGAUUGGUAGGUGAAUUACAAUUGUUUAUUUAUUUAGUUAACUCAUUAGGACUCUUUCCUUUACCAGUAAAAUCGUCUGGCAUUUAAUGGAGUAAGAUUAUAAAAUAGGGUGCAUUUGUAUACAUGGUUACUGCCAAUUAGACGGGGUGUGUUUGCCCAAGGCUCAUAUACAGGUGCAACUAAGGCUUAAAGGUCCGUUUACGCUUGCAAUUUUCCCUGCGAUGUGUAGUGCGAUUUUCAUCUUCUGAGUUCUGAUGGAUGUGUACGAGUAGAUAAGUUAUGAAUGCUCUGAGUAGUAUUUAAAACACGAGAAGGAGUGUGUAGCCGAGCGUUUUAGAUAUGAUAAAACGCGAGUUCGAGUGUUUUGAAUAGCUUAAAAUACGACUACAAAAGAAUACUAAUUAGGAUGAACAACCAAAAAGCCUGAAAGGGUUUCAUUAAGGUCCCUAGCCCUUCACGUUGUUAUUAUAGCACUGUAAUUAUGUAAACUUUUUAUUGGGCAAAAUAAAAAAAAUAUAUAUAUAAUCAUACUAAUUAGGAUGAACAAUUAUAUAAAGAAUACUAAUGAAGAUGAGUUUUAUCAGAUAUAAAGUCACUCCACGUGACAUAUUAUGGCUGACAUGAUUUGCCACAAGGUUUAUGAAUUUUUAAUGAGUAUUUUAAGUACUAUUUAAAGCAUGCGUAGGAGUGUUUUAUCAUAUUUAAAACGCGAGGCGCAGCCGACCGUUUUAGAUAUAUGAUAAAACACGACUACAAGUGCUUUAAAUGGCUUAAACUCCGACUACAAAAGAAUACUAAUUAAGAUGAAGCGUUAUAAUUAAGAUGAGUUUUAUCACAUAUAACGCUACGACACGCUUAUGAUUUUUCUUUGUGUUUUCCUGAUGAAUUACUAAUGAGUAUUUUAAGUAUAUGUAUAGCCUCGCCUGAAGUUGAACAUUUGUAACUCAUCCACUGGUUCACAUGUAUCAGAAGAACCUAAAUCCGCACAACCGCACAAAUCCGGUACAACCGCACAAAUCGAAACGGACCGCAAGGGUUAGUUUAUGGUGAGGUUAUAAUAACAGGUUCUCUUGGCGAUUAGGGAGAGUUGAUGAGAGUUGCAAUCGUCUUUGACCGCAAACUCUCAUCGAUUCUCAUCAAAUUUGAGCUAGUUUCAGAUUUUGAUGAAAGGUUAAUAUUAAUAGAGUUUUCGCUAUGCGCGGUAAAAAAUCAUUACCAGAAAUUAACGACAAAAUGGCCACAGCUUGUAGACUGAUUUGCAUACAAUCCGUAUACAAUGGCUUUCAAAAAAUUAAUAUAGGGAAUAUAGGGGGCGAAAAUAUUUAGCUCGAAAUUAUGGCAAUCUGAGAGUUCGGCUACUGUUUGGCGACUUCGUGAUCAAUAAAGCAUUCAUAUGCUAAUGUUUCGGUGGCAUAUUUAUUUAGAUCGGGUAUCUCUCGAAGCGGCCAAAUAAUGAAUCGUUGUUAAUCUAAGCUAUGUUUGGCCAAUUUCUUCUAUAAAAUUUUAGUCUGGUAGUUACUGAAUCGGAUGCAAAACACCAAGCAAUAUUGCUCAAGAUCUAGUCUUUCACAUUCGUGAUAUGGACUACUCUAUAAACUGUUGAUUGUGUCACCAAACAGCGUCAAAAAUUUCAAAACAAAAUGCUCGGCAGCAGUUUAACCAUACGAAGAUGACAUAAAAGUGAUUUUCUUGAACACGACUUGACCGCCAGGAGAGAUACCCGAUCGGAAUAAAUAUGUCAUCGAAACAUUAGUAAAUGAAUGCUUUAUUGAGCAAGAGGUCGGCCAAACUCUCAGAUUGCAAUAAUUUCGAGUUAAAUAUUUUCACCCUGUACAGUCCCAUUAAAAACUGAAAACCAUCAUAUAUAUAGAUUAUAUGCAAAUUAGUAUACAAGCAGUGGCCAUUUUGUCAAGAAAAUUCUUGUGUAAACUCCUGCUUGCUGACUCUAUUCAUCUCUGAUCCUUGUAUGACCGGUGGUUUUAUAUAAAAUUAUAUCCUUGCUAUGAUGAGAUGAAAUAACAAAAAUAUACUCUUAUCUUUCUUCUUCCAGUUCCCAAGAAACCACCUGAAGACGUGUUUAUCUCCGUUGACCAAGAUAAAAAAACGGCCACCGUCAAGUGGUCGAAAGUGGAGGGAAAGAUCGAUGGAUACAGGGU